GUGACUGCAGCAGGAGGGGUGUAUGUAACUGUUGGACUGUACAAAGCCCUACAUGUAGGCUAUACUUGGUUGGGCAAUGUUAAGGAAGUGUAUGCUCUUCAUGUGCAUCCUCUUGUCAUUCUGCGAGUCUGUAUGUGCUGUUGUGACUGAUGGCUCCAGCAUGCUGGUGACAUGCUGCUGUAAUAGGAUAUCUCUUCUCUCUGGAUCAAACUCUCCUGGUGCCGUACAGUACCUUCAGGACAGUGGUUGGAGGCCCCAUAGGUAGGCCUACCAUAGGUGAUUCUGUGAUGAGCCGUCGCAAGGUGUCUUUGAAGGAGCUGGGUCAGGUGGACUGCCAGGGCUGGCUCUACAAGAAGAAGGAGGGCAAGGGCUUCCUGGGAACAAAAUGGAAGAAGUACUGGUUUGUUCUGAAAAAGAUCUCCAUGUACUGGUACACUGGUCAGACGGCUGAGAAAGCAGAAGGAUACAUCGACCUUACAAACUUCACUGUCGACCAAGCAACAGAGUGCAAGAAAAAGCAUGCUAUGAAGGCCAGCCAUCCACAGGUUGUGACACUCUACUUUGCCGCCGAGAGUCUGAGAGAGAUGAACAAGUGGCUGUCUAAACUGUCAGCAGCAGCGGCUGCUACACUGAACGAGUCGUCACGAGUCGUCGAGAGGAACACUGGGGAGUGCUACAGUGAGGAGAGUGACCAAGAGGAGGUUGAGUCACUGGAGACAUCUGACGUUUUCGACUCUGAGCAGCUGACCAUAGACUCUGUUAAUGGAGAUGUCCCCCCAUCUUGCUCCACCUCGUCCCCCUGUCACUCCACUGACCCCAUGUCUGCCCCUGACAGCAUUGUGACUUCAGAGAGCAUGGAGUCCUGGCUGGAUGUCCCUUCUCCAGAGAGGGCAGUGGGACAGGGCGCUCCCCUCCACCCCUUCAGACUGGAAGAGGAGGAUGGACCAGGGGCUGAGGCCCAGGGAGGAAAGGAGGAGGGCACAUCUGAUGAAAUGGAGGCACUGUACAUCCAUCUGAAGCAUGCCAGACUAUCUCCAACUGGAGAACUGAAGAGGGACUUCAGAGCGUCAUUCAUUCAACGCUGCAAAAAUGACAGAGUCAAUGAGAAGCUGCAUCUGGUUAGGACCCUCAACAGCACUUUAAAGGCAAAAGAAGCCGACCUGUUGGCUAUAGAACACGUGCUGGCAGAUCCCAUUCUUACUGCACAGAGGUAUCGUCAAUGGAGGGUUGGGAACGUGGCGCUACUGCAGGAGAUCACUCAUCGCAAAAAGGGCCCACCAGGUGGCAGCAGAGAGCAGUCGUUCCCCCUCGAAGCUCCACGGACCCACUGCAUCGCUGAAACCAGUGUGUGACCAACACAGAACAAUGAUAGGCAUAGAGGCAUCGGAUACGAUUCUUCACGGCCCGUAUUUAUAAAGCGGCUCAGUUUAGGAGUGUUGAUCUAAGAUCAACCCCCCCCCCCCCCCCCUUAAGGCGAAACUGAUUUUUGAUCAGCACUACUCUGAGAUACUUUAUGAGUAGGAGCCCAGGCAUGCCCGUAAACAAAAAAACAACAGCAUUGUAUUCCUUAUUUUAUCGAGAAUAUUCCUGAAAAUGUGCCGUGGAUAUUCCUAUGCUUUCUUGUAUGAAUGGUUAUCCAUGUUUCUUACAGUCUUUUAAACACAUUUUAUUUUAUGACAUGUGCAGUAUAGUGCCACUUAUGGAUUUUGGGAAUAAGAUGCUCUCUCUUUUAAAGGGAAACGUAAUUAUAAUGGGACAUUUUGCAUUCCUUUAGAAAUGUGUUUGCUAAAUCACAGGGUCAUGUAUCCUAUCACUGGGUAGGGGUUGGGUGUUAUACCAUUUUUUAGUCACCAUUGUUUGUAACACUGAUAUUAAGGAAGGUUGUUCUAGGUACACACCUUGUUCAAUUAGUUUCACAUCACUGAGUCUGGCCUAAGUAGAGUUUGUCUAAAUAACUUUUCCUAUCAUAAGUAAAUCAGCAUUGACUAAAUUAUAUUUUUUAUUUGUUUUUAAUAUUUUUAUAUAUUUUAUCAUUCAAACUUUGUAAAUAUUUUGUACAUUGUGUAUGGUUUUG